AUGAGCAAUGCCGCACACCACGAAUCCGUGAUCUUCCGAGAUGGGCAGCCUCCAGAAAGAAUAGAACAAAAAGAUUCGUGGAAAAUACGCGCAAGGAUCGGUGGAGUGCGGGCCCGGGAUUUAGUUGCGGUGGAGUCCGGGAGACAGGAUACGAUUCUUGUACGGCCGAACGUCAUACUGACUAAUGUUGGGGACUGCAGGGCUCUGAUCACUAAGGAUAGCUUGACAAUGAUAGACAUGCCUGUGUGUAGGACGUCGGGCAACCCUUGUGAGCACAUUGACCGACUCUUGACGAGGCAGGACGAAGAAUGCCAGGAACCGCACGAAGAAGCGCUCCCGUUUGAAUUCAGAGCACUUGACGCCGUGUUGGAAGUUGAGUGUAAUCAAUUACGAGCUUCGGUUGAGAUCUUGAAGCCAGAGUUCUUUGCCGACCUUCAACUCUUAACGGAAUCCAUUCAGCAAAGUAUGUCCAAUCACACGCCGGUGCUCUUGCGGCUACUGUCGCACAACAAGCGGUUAUUCCAACUUGAGAAAGAGGUGUGUGGUAUGAAGCGGGCUGUCGAGGCUGUGUUAAUGAGUGACGAAGAUAUGGCCCAGAUGUAUCUGACAGACUUCGCAUCCGAUGGUAAACCACGGUCCCUGGAAGACCACACUGAGGCAGAAGUACUGUUUGAACAGUCACUGUAUCUAAUCGAAGAGUUAGAGCGUGAAGUGUUGCAGCUGAAGUCCAUCGCGCGUGAAACGGAAGAGUUUGUGAACAUCAACUUGAACAGUCAACGGAACGCCAUUAUGACCCUGUCCUUGAAGUUGAAUAUGGGCAUGUUAAGCACAUCCGUCCUAGCCUGUGUAGCAGGUGUUUUUGGAAUGAAUCUAUCAUCGGGGCUUGAGGAUGCGAACGGCAUGUUUAUCGGCGUGACCGCCAGUGCCGUGACUGUAACGGGUGUUCUCCUGGGUACUCUACUACGCCGAGGCCGUAUGCUGCGACUAUGGUAGACAUCAACUAAUAAAUGAAAGAAUAGUAUAAACUAAUUAUUAAAAAAGAAUACAAC